GUUACAACCGCGUUUUAAUCUCGCUUAGCAGUUAACAGCUAUCCAUAUGCUGCCAAUCCCCACAGGGCGAAACAGGGUUGCUAAGCAGUUGUCCUAAACUGCUUAUCGGGCAGGAGUCCUACUCCGCGCGUCCAAUCAAUCAAGUUGCCAAUAAUUCUCUUGGGCCAGAUAAUUCAAUCUUAACACUCCGGACGCCAAACGCCAACGCCAGGACAGUAGCAUUGGCUUAGUAGGAGCAUCAAGAUAAGGUGUAUAAAAAUCAAUGUAACAUCAGUCGGCGGACUAAGCUGACCGGCAGUUAAUAGCUUGAUAGUGGGCUUCCUUAUGGAUAGAACUUUUGUAAGACCAAAUCUUAUACCAAGCUCCGACGCGUGACCCUUAUACGGCUGCUAUGCUUGACAAGGAUGGUUCAAAGGCGCGUGGCAGUAUUAUGAUCCCAUUGCAAAGGGAAAAGCCACGCCUAGAUCUUGAUAUUCGCAAAGCUGCAUCUAAACGUCCUUGCAACUCCAUGGAGCCGGCUCACGUUCAGGGAUGCUUGGAUAUAGAUGGAACCUUGUAGUGAUGAAAAAUUCUACAAGGCACAUGCAGUCAGCAUCAUCCCGAAGAGGACACUAAGAUGGCUGUGGUCGUAGAUGAGACGGGCUACACAAAUAUAUCAGCCAUGACUUUCGUCCCAAUGACCACCCAGAUUGACAAGCUUCAAGAUGGUCUUUCAAGUGCCUAGUCGUGGCGGCGGAGCCAGCAAGAUGGCCCAGUGGACGGCUAUGAGCCUCAACUUUGUUCAUCUGUUUAUCUUUUGUGCUUUCUUCCCAACUCUUUCUACCACUACUCCAGUGUCAUUUGUCAAUAAGCCUUGUCCUGUUCCUUGCGAUGACAACCCCCCUGAGCUAUGGACGACAUAUCACGACCUGCUUGACCUCAACGCAUGUGCAGGCACGGUACUGUUUCAAACACACUUGUACAAUGGCCUGGAAGAUCCCAAAGUAGGGACGUUUUUCCGCUCGUGCAUGGCAUCCCAAGCUCCGCAGCCUAAGGGUGAUAAUGCGGGCCGGAUCGCAAAAAAGCGCAAGCGACAGUUCUUAUCGUUCAACACCACCGCACCUCGGUCUGAAAAAGUACAGGUGGUGUCGGGUGAAGGAUCGCGAGAGCUUUCGAUCGAAGAUGUGCAAUCGGCUCUGACAAGCCUCAGUGCUUAUAUCGAUAGCCACGCUACCGACGAAGACUCUCCGCAACUGCCGAUGCUCGCUACCUACGCCAAAAGAGGCAAUGUCUUCGUUGGCACGUAUGUGGGAAUGCAAGUGGAAAGACAUGCUGCGGCUACGGUGGUCGCUACUUUCUCAAAGCAGUUCUCCCCCACCACCAUUGCCGCUCAAGCUUGUGGUUCCCCUGAAUACAACAAGACCACUUCUCUUCAGGUCUUUGGCAUCGUUGUGGACUCGGAUGCUAGCUUGGUACAGAAAACUCUUCGCGACUGGCACGAGGCCAGGUGUCUUAGCAGCGGCCAACUGCUUGAAGACGCGACCAUAGACUUCGUGUCCGGCGCUCUUAUACCCGUUUCACCACAGAAGCCAGAAAGUUUACAGGGACGAGAUUCGGAGCUUAGACCACGUGCAACGUGCAAAUACACCCAAGUAAUGUCCGGUGAUGGAUGCUGGGCUUUGGCAGAUCGAUGUGGCAUAACGCAAGCGCAGCUUGAAGCCUUCAAUGGCGGAAGCAGUUUCUGCACAAGUCCAAAUCCCAAGCUCGGGACAUACGCCUGUUGUUCUGCUGGAGAUCCACCAGACUUUUCUCCUCAACCAGGACCCGAUGGUACAUGCUACACCCACCUCGUGCAAGAGGGAGACACUUGCUGGAGUUUAGCCGAUGCCCACCAUACAACCAUCCAGGCUAUCGAGGAUAGCAACAAGAAAACAUGGGGCUGGGCGGGUUGCGAGGGCAUACAGUUAGGCAUGAACAUCUGCUUGGGUCGCGGGAACCCUCCAUUUCCUGCCAACUUACCAGACGCUAUAUGUGGUCCGCAGAUAAACGGUACAGAGAAACCUACUGAUUACACCAAAUGGCCGGGCCUGAACCCAUGCCCACUCAAUGCUUGUUGCGACGUCUGGGGUCAAUGUGGUGUUACGGCUGAGUUUUGUACCGAUACAAGAGCCUCCACCGGAAAUGAUGGCACACGAGGCGGACCGGGAGAGAAUGGCUGCAUCUCCAACUGCGGAACCAAGAUCGUGACAGGAUCUCCUCCAGCCAAGUUCGAGAGGGUAGGCUACUACGAGGCCUUCAACAUCGACAGGUCCUGCAAUACCAUGCGAGUCGGUUCCAUUCCUUCCGAGUAUACCAUUGUACACUGGGCCUUCGCGGAUCUGACCAGAAGUUAUGAUGUGAGGAUCAGUCCAUACGAAAAAGACUGGGCUGCUUUCACAAAAUCUACCGGGUAUAAGAAGGUUGUCUCAUUCGGUGGCUGGGCCUUCUCAACGCAAGCCACUACUUUUGACAUUUUUCGAAAGGGAGUCGGUGCCGAUCAACGGGAGACGUUCGCGAACAAGGUUGUCGAGUUCGUUUCAGCAAAUAAUCUUGAUGGCGUUGACUUCGACUGGGAGUACCCCAGUGCACCGGAUGAUCAAGGAGAAGGACUCCCCCUGGCUGGGCCUGAGGAUGCGAAAAACUAUCUGGAAUUCCUUCGUCUCGUUAAACAAAAGCUCCCAAGCGGGAAAACGGUGUCUAUCGCCGCGCCUGCCUCGUUUUGGUACUUGAAGGCCUUUCCUAUAGAUGGCAUCGGAGAAGUUGUCGACUACAUUAUUUAUAUGACUUAUGAUCUGCAUGGGCAGUGGGACUACGGCAAUUCACACACGUCACCUGAUUGCCCUAAGGGCGAUUGUCUACGAAGCCAUAUCAACCGGACCGAGACGGAAACUGCACUAUCCAUGAUUACAAAGGCUGGUGUACCUGCGAAAAAGGUGUUUGUCGGGCAGGCGAUGUACGGUCGAAGUUUUAAGAUGACUACCCCUGGCUGUUGGCAAGAGGGCUGCACAUUCGUCGGUCCGGUUAGUGGUGCUAAACCUGGCCGCUGUACCGGUACUCCUGGAUAUAUUUCCAACCUAGAAAUCCGAGAGAUCAUCUCCAGCGGGCAGCACAAGAUACAGCAGGAACAUGACCCCAUUGCAGGCGACAUCUUGAUUUAUGACGACACCGAAUGGGUUUCUUGGUCGGAUGUCGCGUACUACAAUGAGCGCGCUGAUUGGGUUCGCGGUCUCGGUUUUGGCGGUUUAUCAGACUGGGCUAUUGAUCUCAACGUGACGGGUCCCGGCGGCGGGAGCCGUGCAUUGGACAACAUUGUCUAUAUUGAUCCUGUUGUCUAUACGAACCAGGACCCGCUGGUGCAAUGUAAACCGCCUUGUCUGAUCGUAAUGCCACCGUGGACAUUGCCUUACACCACAACCAUCUCUCGGCCGGCUGUCACGGAAACCUGGACGGACGAAUGGAGUUACGUCGUCACAAACCCUGGCGGAGUCACGUCUACGGAAUAUGUACAACAUGUCACAACUACCACCAUCACAAUCUCACCUGUGUCGACAACGGAAAUUCACGUGUCAAACUAUGAGUGGACCAACAGUAACGACCGAAGCUUUAAUCUGACAAGCAGUGUCCUUUUCCCUGGCAUCACACUUACUCAGGGUUCCACUGUAAUCACGAUAGACGGCAAAACAACCACUCUUACCGGCGUAACGUACACUUACUCACCUGGGGCGUGGCCACCACACACCAAAAACCCGUCCAGUUCGCCGGGUGCCACUACCACACCAACUACCACACCAAUACCGCUGCCACCACCACCUCCUCCUCCUACAGGCUGUAGCACAUGUCCCGGCCGCAUAACAGUCUCGUCGACAAGUGGCACUGCCAAACCUUCCUGCACCCCGCCUUGUACAAAGCCGGAAUUGGAUGACGACCACAAGGGCGAGGACAAUGACAACGAUGACGACGACGACGAUGACGAUGAUCACAGUGGUCGCGGUGGUGGUAGUAAUGGUAUUGUUCCUCCUUGCCUGGGCGUUGACUGCACGCCGUGCAUCUGGCCUCUACCAUGCUGCAUCGGUUUCUGCGGCGGCGGAGGUGGCGGUGGCGGCGGAGGUGGCGGUGGCGGCGGAGGUGGCGGUGGCGGCGGAGGCGGAAAUCCCAACGAUCCCACGAAAACUUGCUCAACAAAGACGGCCGUGACAGACUGCUCCGUCGCGUGCUCGGUGACACCGGACGGAGCUACGCUUUCGACCUCGUGUUACACCACAACAUGCAGUGAGACCUCGGUAUGCGAGUCUGUUGGUUCGACGACGACUUCGCGCACAACUUUGGCUUGCCCGUCAGUGCCAGAGUACACUCCCUGGUUUGGCAACCAAAAUCCUGCAGACUUGCAAGUCUUUAUCGGCGAUGGUGGUUUUGGAGGGUACAUCAUCGAGACGGGAACCUGGACUCCAGAUGGUGGUAGCAGCAGCAGCAGCAGCACAUCGACAAAGCCGUCAGCUACGCCCACCAGCAAACCCAAGACGCCGCUAGAGCGGGGACCCAUCAAAUGCUUCAACGAGGCCGACUUCCCCGGCCAUGCCGACCUUCAAUCUGGGGACCAGGACGAUUUCUCGACGGCUUUCAGCAAUCUGCGAUCCCAGAUGGGCGACGACGACUCUCUCGGGCCGGAUGGCCCGACCGUUACACUGCGCCGCACCGACCGCCACGGGGUCAAUUACGAUUUUUCUUGCAGCUGGGUUCCCGGCUGCGAAACCACGGUUGACAAGCAGAGUUUUGGCUUCCCGCUUGGCUCGCCCAGCCUGAUCACGGCGUAUUUGCUUGUUCGGGAGGAUUUCACUAAAUGUAAGUGGUCGUCCUCUCUCUUCCACCGCAGUCCCUUAUACCAUACCAGUCCUUGGACAUACAAAAUAAGGACUAACAGUUUUUUCUCUAGGCAACAACGGAGGUGUCGGUGGGUCAUGCCAGGCUGGAUGUUUGCUGUAUACGUUUGAGGGCGGGAGAGGUGACGAUCCAGGUGACGAUCAGUGUGGGGACUUUGACUGUCGCGGGUGUGGAUCGCCGUUCGAUGUUCCUGAGUGCCAGACGUGUUGCAAUGAUCUUUUCGGCAAUUUGGCGCUCGCUGGUAACGGCAGCACGAAUACCGGCCUCAGCAUUAUUGACAACGGGCUACCAUUCGGCAAUGAAAGUAUAGCACGAGCGGGAAGAGCGCGCUAUCUGUAAAAUAGGCAGAUGUUUCUCACGAUAGAAUAUUCAUAGCAAUUUCCAUCGACCCUUUGAUGAAGCUCUGCGCAGUAGGAACCAUUUGUAUUUACGUAGAAACCACUUUGUAGCUAACCUUUAUGAAAAAAAAGGAGUAAGCAUUUGAUACAAGAUGCGAUGAACUGGUAAUUAAAGCUUAUAUAUUUCCUCGGCUUUAAGCCGUUUUGAGCCUCCUUAAUGGAAAUAAAUACUUAAAGUUAUAUGGUUGAUAAUUUACUAAAAAAUUUCCAAG